GCUGCCGGUCCCUCCCAGGGGGAUCCCCAGCGUGCCCGGGGCAGGGGCUGGCGGGUCUUCCUGCCGCGCGCAUGCGCAGAGGGCGCUCCAGCGGGUGGGUGCCCGCCUGAGCAUGUGCAGAGCGCCGCCCGCGAGUCCUCUGCGGGGUCGGCCAUGGAGGCGGAGGGGGCGCGCAGCGUGCAGAUCGAGUUCCCGCACUACGCGGCGGGGCUGCUGGAGUCGCUGAACCGGCACCGGCUGGAGGGGAAGUUCUGCGACCUGUCGGUGCAGGUGCAGGGCCGCGUCUUCCGCGCCCACAAGGGCGUCCUGGCCGCCGCCUCGCCCUACUUCCACGACAAGCUCCUGCUGCGCGACGCCGGCCGGCUGGUGCUGCCGGGGGCCAUCGAGCCCGAGGCCUUCGAGAACCUCCUGCAGCUCAUCUACUCGGGCCGCCUGCGCCUCCUGCUCGACGCCCUCCCGGGGCACCUGCUGGCCGCCAGCGGCCUCCAGAUGUGGCAGGUGGUGGACCAGUGCUCGGGCAUCCUCAAGGAGCUGGAGGCCGCCGGGGGGCCCCUCGCCUACGCCCGCCCCGGCUGGGCUGCCCGCCCCUCCGCCACCGAGAGCCCCAGCAGCAGCAGCGGAGGAGGAGCAGGAGGCCGCCACCACCACCAGCAGCAGCGCCCGGGCCCCCGUGAGGACGGAGGAGGAGGAGGGUCCAGCCGCCCCCACCACCCGCUCUCCCUGGACGAGGAGGAGGAGGAGGAGGAGGAGGAAGAGGUGGUGAAGAUCCGGGUAUCCCAGGAGGAAGAGGAGGAGGAGGAAGAGGAGGAGGAGGAGGAGGACCGGCAGGCCCAGAUCUGCAGCGGCUCGGCUGACCGUCCGGUGAAGGUGGUCUUGAACGAGGAGGAGGAGGAGGAGGAGAGGGGGGGCCGCCGCCGUGGCAGGGGCUGUCCUGGCAAAGGGUCCUCCAGUGAGCCGGGCCCGGCCUUUGCUUCGCCCCACGAGGCCCCCAAAGUCUUCUACAUCAAGCAGGAGCACUUCGACCCGGAGGAGGCUGCUUCCUCCGGGCUGGGGAGCAGCCCGGCCUCCUGCCUCUCCGAGACCAACUUCCUGAAACCCCUGGGCCGGCCCCCGGCCGCUGCCUCCGAGGUGCCGGGCCUCGGCCAGACGGAGAUCCAGGCUGGCGGGCAGCUCGGCUACCUCCCCCUGCCCGGCGGGGCGUCCGCAGCUCCCGGCUGCUCGGCCGGGAAACCCCAGGCCCUUUCCGCAGACUCCGUGGCGGCUUUCCCCGAGAGCUCGUGGAAGCCCCUGGACCUGCACGGCAAUGAGAUCCUGGCCCACGCCGCGCACGGCCAGGCGGUGCACGCCCCCGUCAAGCUGAUGUCCGCGCCCGACGGGAAGAAGUUUGGCUGCCUGUGCGGGAAGCGCUUCGCCGUGAAGCCCAAGCGCGACCGGCACAUCAUGCUGACCUUCAGCCUGCGUCCCUUCGGCUGCUCCGUCUGCACCAAGAAGUUCAAGCUGAAGCACCACCUGACGGAGCACAUGAAGACCCACGACGGGAACCUGCACGCCUGCCAGGACUGCGGCCGCAAGUUCCGCGUCCAGAGCUGCUUCCUGAAGCACAAGGAGCUCUGCAAGGGGCAGGGCUGGGCCACCGCCUGCUGGACCUACAAGUAGGGCAGGGAGGGAGGGGGGGGCUGCCGGAAGCGGAAGUGGGGCUGGGCCUGCGCCUCCCCCCCGAACUCCACCCAAGGGGGGGUGGGGGGGCUCAGAGCAGGGCGAGCUGCUCAUCAUCGGAGCACGGAAAUACGUGGCCCCCUCCCCUCCUGAA